CAGAGCAGUGUUAUUGGAAGAAUGGAUUGUUACCAGAGUUGUAGGAUUGAAUUGAGAAUUGGGUAGAUUGGGUAGCUUUAAGAGCUUCAUUGGCAUACAUCGUUGCAUGUGUGUAUCAUUUGUUCUGAAUUGUGCAGGUGAAAAGAUAUGGAUCAUCCAGCAGAAUCCAGUGUACCAAAUGAGCAACACAGCGCAGCCCCAGUACCUUCAGAGAGUAUGAUGCAGUUGGCUACUGCGAUUGCACAUGUAAUGGGGGAUGCUCAGAGCAAAAUGAGUGGUAGCAAAGAGGAAGAAGUGGAUAGACAUAUGCAGAUGUUUCAUAAGCUGAGGCCUCCGUUGUUCAAAGGAGGUGUGGGACCCCAGGCUGCUGAGGAUUGGAUCCUGAGGAUAGAAAAGAUUUUUGACAGCAUGCAGUGUCCGGGGAAUCGAAAAGUACCAUUGGCUGUAUUUCUGUUUGAGGGUGAAGCGGAGAGAUGGUGGAUUGGACAGCAGAGAGAGAAAUUCCAGGGGAAGACUAAUGCUGAGAUCACCUGGGACGAGUUCACUGCAGUGUUCAGGAUGUGGUUUGUACCACCGUCAGCUCAGCGACAGAUGCAGGAAGCUUUUAUGAGAUUGGAGCAAGGCCGCAAGUCAGUGAUGCAGUACGAGGCCGAGUUUACUGCACUUGCGAGGUACGCUGCUCAUCUGAUUCCUACUCCCGAGGAAAAAUGCUAUAGAUUUCUGCAAGGAUUGAACAGAGAGCUGAGGCAUCCACUAGUACCCUUCCGGAUACAUGAGUUCUCUGAGCUAGUGGAGCGGGCCCGAUUGAUAGAGAUUGACUUGGCAACACCGGUAUCGAGGUACGAGGAUACCAGGAGGAGGAGAGAUGAGGUACGACGAGAUGAUUCUGGUAGAGACAGAGAUAGAGAGAAGAAAAGCAGAUAUGAUAGUUCGAGAGGAUCUGCAUCGGGAUCUGUAUCGCGAUCUGCAUCGGUAGUAUCGUCUGGUAGUUCU